AUUGGCGUGGUUGACCAGACUGUCAGAGUAGCUGGCUCGCUAACGUUAGCUAGCUUAUUAGAAUGGCCAUGAGCAACGUGUAUCCAUUGGCGUUUAGCUACCCCUGUUGUUAUGCGUAGCUAAGACAUAAAUCCGAGCUAAAUUGUCCUGCCUGCUAAGUAGCUUUUCUUAUCAUGGGCCAGUGUGUUGUUUCAUCAUCAUAGCUGGCGUGGAGAGUGUGUGUCUGAUCCGUGCUUUAUGCGACGUAGGAAGGGAAUAACGUUAGCUGUUCGAAACAUCUGACAGCCUGAUGUGUCAACAUGUGCGCAGUCGAUACCGUCCGAUCAUGCAAAACUCUCCGCUCUUCCACUACCUGCAGGAUCUAGGACACACAGACUUUGAGGCAUGUCCCACAGUGUCUCAGGAGGACGAGUGUGGAGGAGGAGAGGGGACGACAACCUCCCUCCAGGACAGCUUGUCCAAACCCACAGGAGGACGUCUAUGGAGAUUGGCUGAUGCCUUGUGGAGGCGGAGCCCGUUCCACCAGGCUGCCUCUGCCCAUAUGCUGGAGCAGCAGCUGGACUGUGUGUUUGGCCAGUACGCGGUGCAGUGUAUCCUGGACCAGGAUGUGUUGCUCCAGGAGGAUGUGGAGCUGAUCGAGCUGUUAGACCCCAGCCUGCUCACCCUGGGCGCCUCGCCCUCUGGCGCACCCAGAAGAGACAACUCCCUGCCCUGCCCACGCCUCCUCGCCUCACCCUCGCAGUGGGACGUAGCAGUGCUGGUGGGCCUGGCUGCAGUGUUACUAGGCCUGUCUUCUCUCUCUGCCGGGGCCUGGUCUAUGGCUGUGAUCCCGUGGUGUGCUGCAGUCAUGGGCUGGGUGGGGUUGCGAGGGACGGGGCUGUGGAGACAGGGGAGGAUGCAGAGGGCAGCACACGCCCAGGCCUCCGAGCUGCAGACCAUGGCGCUGGACACUAAGGCUCUGACCAGCCUGGCCCGCAAGUCCCUAAGACUACUACAGGAGACAGAGGUCAUCUCUCGAGGGUUCACCCUUCUGCUUGACAGGGUGAGUGCGGCCAGCUCCUUUAGUAGGGCGGGGCUGGGGGUGGGGCCACGGGGGCAGCAGCUGAUUGGCCUGCGGAAGGCGGUGUACCGGGCGCUCCGCUCGGCCUUCAGAGCCUCCCGCCGAGCCACCUGCCAAAUGCUCAAAGCGUACCCCCUGAACUCUGAGAUCGACAAUGUGACCAACUACGUGUCUGCGGUGCCUCUGAAGGAGCUGGGGAUGGGCCUGGGGACAGAGCACCUGACUGACGAGGAGACACAGGAGCUCACCGAUGACUACAGCCUCCCUGCCCUCAAGGUGCUGUUCCAGUUGUGGGUGGGGCAGAGCUCAGAAUGUUUCCGACGAUUGGCCCUGCUGCUGUCACCACGACGACUGGAGGAGCCCAGGGAAGGCUGGGUCAAAGGUAGAACCCCUCCUCCGCCCAUACACCGCUCUGUUGCCACGGUGACACAGCCUUUCCACGGUGCCCUGGCCGGUUGCCUAGGCGACCUGCAGCGUAGCUACGAGUUCCACCGGUACUUUGAGACGCAGCACCGGACGCAGGGCUCGGACAGGGUGGGGCGCGCUCAACAGAAAUGCAGAGAGCUCAACACACUGCACACGUCUGUACGCAGCCUGCAGCUGCAUCUCAGGGCCCUGCUCAACGAGAUGAUUAUCCUGGAGGAUGACCUGGAGAAGCUGAUGGUGACUAAGGAGGCGGUGGAGGUGACUGUGGAGGGCUACCAGGACCUCCAGGAGCGUCUCGGUCACCUGCAGCCCCACAUGCAGGCCAGCGCCGGAUGCUGGGAGGACACCGUGGGCCAAGUGGAGCGCAUGCUGAGGAGAGCUAACACCUGCCCAGGAACUCCUGAUGGUCCAAAGCAGUGUCUACCUCCUGUGCCAUGCACCCUUGCCCCAACCUACACCCUCAUCCUGGACAGGGACCCCGUGCCUGAGGAGCAGGAGCUGGAAGCGUACGUGUCGGACUCUGAGGAUGAGAACGGGUGUGCGGGGUCGGUGGUUGACAUGCUGUCUCCCGAGGAACAAGCGCGCCACCGGCGGGAGAGGGAGGAGUCUCGGCGCGUCCUAUCGGAGCUCAAAGCCGUGCUGGGCCAGCGGGCGUCCGAGGGCGAGAGGAGGAAGUGGAAACAGCUGCUCUUCAACGACCAAGCGGCGGUGAUGCCUAUAGUUUCCGCGGAAACUUCUAUAGAAUCUCAGACGCCCUCCGACCCAUUGGACACUCUGACCCUUGUGGGCGUGGCCAAACCAGGUGUUGUUGAGGGAAACAACCUAUCGGAAAGGCUGAACGACGAGGAGGAAGACUGGGUCAGGGACGAGCGCCCCCUCACAGAGGCAGAGGAAAAAGCACUUAAAGAGUUCUGCUGUGGUGAGGCGGAGGAAAAGCGGGAGGAGGGUGAAGGUUCAGUCCCGGGCGGGGCGCAGCUCUACCAAUAUGACGGGCUGCCUGACCAGGGGGCAGGACUAAACGGGCCCGACCUUCUAUUGCAGCCCCGGAUCCCCGCCAUCACGGUGAUGGAGAGGCUGACGGAACUACACGGCUCGGCGGCGCUCAGCUUUAAUUCCGCCCUCGCCGCCCAGGUGGCGGCACGUUCGUACACUUUCGCCAACAUGGAGGAGCAGACGUUUGGAGACAGCGGAGAAGAGGAUGAGGGAGAGACGCGUUCUCAGUCUGAUGGACAGACAUGUGAGAAGAACUAGAGUCUAAACCCUCCUGCUUUACGGAGCUUUGAACAGAACAGUUAUGCACAGACAGCCAGGGUUCCUUUAUUUAUGUCUGAACCCACUCCUGGGUUAUUUACUGCGGCUGUCCAUUUCCUUGGAUCCAUGGCUCUCUGUCAUGUCUUCGUGUGUGUGCGUGUGUGUGUGUGUGUGUGUGUGUGUGUGUGUGUGUGUGUGUGUGUGUGUGUGUGUGUGUGUGUGUGUGUGUGUGUGUGUGUGUGUGUGUGUGUGUGUGUGUGUGCAUGAUUGGGUGAGAGAGCAUUGUGUGUAUGUGACGUCUUAGUGAGUUUUAAGAAGAGCACUACACCACUUUCUGUUACACUCCUCCACCCAUGUGUCCAUACUUUACCCACAAUCCCCCUGUGGCCGCUCUCCUGUCCUAUUCAGGUACCAGAACCACAAGACAAACUCUGACCUCACCGUCACAAGGUCUUCAGUUUAACCCUAAGGAUCCCCUGUAGCUAUUGGAGGCAGAGAGACUUGGUUAUAGCAUCAAUUUCAUUUUCUCUAACUAUUGAACAGUACCUUUCCGUGGUAUGUCAACAUUGCCUAACAGUUUAGCAUAUUGUCUGAGUAAAAAAGCCUAAUUAGCUAAAUUAUUAUUAUACAUUUGACCAAAUCACUCUCUAUAUGACUCCUGUAUUGACAGGCAGAGUCUGAUGUGUGGUUGCUCUGUUGAACGUGUGCACGGCAGCCCAGGGCAGAAUGCUCAGGUACUGAAUCACUGACCGAGGGCUGAAUGUAAGAUUUUACUAUACACUCACACACAGAUGUUACUGCACACACACACACACAGAUGUUACUGCACACACACACACACACAGAUGUUACUGCACACACACACACCACGCUGUAAAAGGGGAAGGAGAGGUACAUUUCAAAGACAGCAGAGCAAAGCUAUUUUAUUACCACUGUUUUAUUUCUGGUCUUCCUCUCUGAGUCUGCGCUUCUACACACUCCCCGCCUCACUAGGAAUGGCCCUAUAACUGCAAAGAUGUGUUGAAAAACACCUGUCACUCAACCCACAGCAACCAAUGAGCAGACGGAGACGUCAGAGAGAAGGGUGGACAUAGUUGACCUUGUAAAAUGGACUAGCCUACCAGAUUUGGAAAUAUUUUUACAAGGCAGUGGAUUGCUGUGAAAUGAAAUUCACCCCCAUCCACUAAUGAACCAAACACAUUCACAGUUUCUUUUCCCAAUGGUCUCGUCAGUGCUCAUCUGAUGCAGGAUACAGGAUCAAUGAUGCCCCAAUGAAGAGGCCAUGAGGGGAUGACAACUGGGUGAUUAUUGAGGUAAAGUGUUGUACUACCUCAUGCCACCCCUACUGCACCUACUAUGAAAUCUGUUCUGCGGGUGUCUGUAACUCCCCAUCUACUACAUGUAUCUCUGAUCUGAAUGGUCUGCUGUGUCAGAACAUUUUGGUUCUGUCUUGUCUGCAAAUGUAACAUCUGUAAACACCUGUAAAUGUUUCCAAGGAGAUUGUACCACUGUAUCUGGGGCGGCAGGUAGCCUAGUGGUUAGGGCGUUGGGCCAGUAACCAAAAGGUUGCUGGAUCGAAUCCCUGAGCUGACAAGGUAAAAAAAUCUGUUCUGCCCCUGAAGAAGUUAACCCACUGUUCCCCGGUAAGCAGUCAUUGUAAAUAAGAAUUUGUUAACUGACUUGCCUAAUUAAAGGUUACAUUUAAAAAAAAAAAAAAAAAAAUACAAAUAAAUUCUCUAUCCCUAGUCUCAGCAUCUGUGUUUCCAUAAUGCUCACUAGAAUGUGAUCCAACUCUAUUGAUUUGGGGAUCGAGUUUGGGACAGUUAUUACGGAGUGUCCUGGAAUGCUACUAUCAUUGAUUACAAUUCAUUAGAGUGAUGAUCGAAGGACAGCAUGUGCUUAUUGAUGAUUACGCUUGUGUUUGUCCGAGGGUGUCUGCCCCCCUACCCAUCCCCUCACCGUGUCUGCCUUGUCUUGCCUUCCAGCCCUUCCUCAUAUGUCCCCUUCCUGAAGUGAGUUCUGUCCCUCCUACAUUUCAUUUGUAAAAUAAAAUGCUAUUCUGGA